GGCUACAUAUUUGCAGAGCUGCUGGUUUUCCAAAGCCACUUUGCAGCCACCGCUGAGCUCAGUUUCUCGUCCGUUUCAUUUGCCCGGGAAAGGAGAAGAAGAUGGCGCCGUGGUGGGUCUGUUUGAUCCUCUUCGCCAGUCUCUCGAAAACCUCUCUCCAGGAAAAUCUGCAGGGCUAUUCCUUCGUUUUCUCCCACAAAGGCUAUGUCACAUUGGAGGUGGACCAACCUCAAGACCUUCUCCAGAAUCUCACCGUCUGCCUCUGUUCUUUCUCUGACUCGCCGUCCAAGCAGGCCCUGUUCUCCUACGCCACCAAAGACCAAGACAAGGAAAUCUUGAUCUAUAAGGUUCAUAACCCGGCGGAUGGCUUUUGGUGGUACACGGUCUACAUCGGCGGUGUGCCUGAGCGCUUCCGAGUCCCCGAUUCCUACCAAGACUGGCAGAAGAUCUGCAUCCAAUGGGCAUCGGAGACGGGAGUCCUAACCUUCGAGUUCAAUGGAAGAUCGUUGGCCAGGAAAAUGGUACGUCGAGGUUACUUCAUCAAACCCCACGCUUUGGUCCAGCUUGGACGAGCCCACCACGAGGAUGUUUCCUUCCACGGAGAGAUCCAGCAAGUGAACAUGUGGAACACUACUUACAUUACGUACGCUCCAGCCAUGAUCGGGUGGUCCAACCUGAGCUAUGAAACUCAAGGCAACGUGGUUGUGGAUUAUCUUUCCUGGCCAGCAAAUACCUGUCAGGUGUACUAACUCUCCACCUCACAUCUUACUCCGGUCAUCUUUGGUCCUUCAAAAUCCAUCCAGAGAAGGAGAACUGUGGCUUUCUUAGUGCCCUCUCAGCUUGGUUGCUUGCUUGCAGACAUUUCGUGACCCAACUAGAUAACAUCAUCAGUGCCAAAAGAGAAAGGGGUUUGCUUUUACUUUUAUAUACUAGUUGUUGUGUCUGCGCCCCCCCCCCCGAGCCGGGCCCCCUGCCAGAAAGUGACUUGGAAAGUGAGGGGGAAGGGCCCAUUUGGACUUACCUCGGGAGCACCGGCUUCCCUGGCUCAGCUCCAGGAGCCAGAGGCAGGCCAGGUGGAGGAGAUAACGAGGCCUCCGUCCCCUGACUCUUUCCCCCCCCAGGCCACGCCUCCAGACCCAGCUGAUGGCAAUCAGGCCUGGCUGCACCCUAGGUUUCGUAGGCAGGAGAGGCGGGAACAACAGAAGCAGGGGUGGGGCAGGCCUAGGAAGUGCUGAGUCAUGGAGCCACACCCCACAGGAUAUAAAACCAGCGAGGGCUGCUAGGCCUCUUCGUAGCAGGCAAAUCAACUGCUUGACUAGAGCUGAAGUACUGUUUGUUCCUGGGUGACUCAUCGGCAUCAAGGGAGAUAACAGAGUCACUUGGCAGACGCUCGCUAGUUUGCUGCCAGAGCUGAUAGUGCCGGCUAAUUAAGCCAUCACUCAGACGGAAGCGAGGGGGGACAGAACACUAAUGGUUUGCCCUGUCACAGUGUGGGUGGGCAUGUCCUUGAUAGAAUAGAAUAGAAUUUUAUUGGCCAAGUGUGAUUGGACACACAAGGAAUUUGUCUUGGUGCAUAUGCUCUCAGUGUACAUAAAAGAAAAGAAAAGAUUUGAUUAAGCCAUUGUUUGAUGUUAGCCUGUUGGUAGUUCCUUGGCUAGGAUAUCAUUCACCCCCUCACCAGCAGUCAACACUAUAUAUGAACAGAGUUUGAGAUUAACAAUAGUCCAAGUUUCAAGAAAUAAACAAUACCUUCCCUGAUUGUUUGCCAACUUUCAAUGCCAAGGAGUCAUUCCUACCAACACUGACAGGGCAAGCAAACCCCACUCUCUUCUAGCACUGAUGAUGUUACCUAGUUGGGGUCAUGAAACGUCUUCAAGAGAAUAACCAAGUUCGGAGCACACCAAGAACUCUGUCAGGGUUCCAAUGGAUGCCCUAAUUAAAUCAUGAGCCUCCAGCCAAGCUUCAAAAGAAAUCCAGUUAUUUAUUAGGAGCUUCAUGUCGGCAACUUCCCAAGUGAAGCCAGCUCUGACCCUACAUAAUUUAUGCCCCAGUCAUGACCCUGUUUCCCCCCUUGCCCCCAGGGUGUGUCAUCAAUCACAUUUGCCAACGGAGCAAUUUCCCGGGUUGUAAAGGUCAUUCUGACCAGUUCUGAAGAACUGGUAGUGGAAAAUUUGAGUAGUUCGGAGAACCGGUAGUAAAAAUUCUAACUGGCCCCACCCCCCCAUCUAUUCUCCGCCUCCCAAAUCCCAGAUGAUUGGGGGGAAAUGGGGAUUUUGCAGUAACCUUCCCCUGGAUUGGAGAGGGAAUGGAGAUUUUACAGUAUCCUUCCCCUGUCACGCCCACCAAGCCACGCCCACCAAGCCACGCCACGCCCACCAAGCCAUGUCCACAGAACCGGCAGUAAAAAAAAUUGGAAAAAAAAAUUGGAAAAAAAAUAAUUCGGUCAUUCGACUCCGACUGCUGUAGGUAACCCUGGGAGACAGCCUUGAGAGAAAGAAGCAUGGGAUGUGCAUCUGUCUUUGGCUGCUGUGCUAUUUCACUGAUUUCCCAUCCCCUCUGGCCUAGGGCAACUCGAGAGGAAGCCAGGGAUUCUUUGUGAGUUUGUCGACUCCUUAUUUCAACCAUAAGUUACAAGCAUUCUCUUCUAUCUUGUCCUUUCUUCCUCACUCCCCAAUCAUCUCCUGCGUUUUUAUAGGCAUGGAUCGCGUGGUUAGUUCUCCUGGUAGUAAGCAUUAAAUGAAUGUAUUAUGUGCCUGCAGUUAAAGCCAGUAUAGACAUCGCGUUAAAAACAGCAGUAAAAUUAUAACGUACUAAUCAAUUAUAACAUCACGAUAUAAAAUAAGGCACCUCUAGAUUAAGAGGCUCGUAAUAUAUCAUGCUAUCCUUAUUGAUACAUUAAUAAGUUUUUUGAAGUUUUUGAAGGAAAUUAAUCCCUUCAGCUUUGCGCAAGAAUAAUUGUGGAUAAGUCAACCUCAGAAAAAUCAAAGUCAGGUGAGAAAAGACAGCGAAAUCUUCAAGUAUCCAGGAAGAAGCUUCCCCCCACUCAAUGCAUAAACCUAGAGGAACAGUCCUCAAAUUACGACCAUAACUGAGUCCUGCAACUAGAGUUCGAAGUCAUGAUGGUCGUAAAUCAGAUCAUCACAUGACCAGACCUAAUUUUAUUAACUUUUUUGCGGCAAUUGUUAACCAAAUACAAUGGUCAUAAAGUGUUAAGCAAGAUGGUCAUUAAGUGAAGUCUUUGGUUCUUUAAGCAAAGCCAUUGUUCACCAUGAAGCAUUUUUGGUUUGUUUGUUUUGCAAGAAAGUGGAAGUAAAUGCUGAUUUCUAGCAAAAUACAUCAGCAGCCUUUAAUAAAUUCAUCCGUGUAUAUAACAUCUUCA